AUGGCUGUAGCAAUCGUGACAGGUGGUGCAUCGGGCAUCGGACUGGCCAUAACUAAGCUCUUGCUCAUCAAAAAUUACAAGGUCGUCAUCGCGGACCGGAACGAAGAAUUGGGAGAAAAAGAAGCCAAAUCAGCCGGAGAUCAAGAUCAUGUUACAUUUGUCAAGUGCGACAUUAGCAACUGGGAAAGUCAGGUCCAACUGUUUGAAACUGCAAAGACGAAAUGGGGAAGAAUCGAUGUAGUCUUUGCCAAUGCUGGCAUCGGCGAGCAGGCACCCUCACUAAAUUCAAUGCCGGCUGAAUUGACUAAACCCAACAUUACUGCAAUCGAGGUAUGUUUUCACGGCACUCUCUUCUCUACGUACCUGGCGAUACAUUACAUGCGGCAAAACAAUGGUGAAGGAGGGCGGAUCAUCACAACUGGCGGCCAAGCAGGGAUCUACGCUUUCCCAACUAUGCCGGUAAUGACUAUGUGUCGUUCUAUCGCACUGGGGCUUUCCAAGGAAAAGAUUUACGUCAACUGUCUCUCCCCAGGCUUGACUUUAACACCGGUCACCAAGAGCUUUCUUAUGGACUUACCCCCGACCAAGGUAAGUCCCAUGGAGAAUCAUUUGAAGGCUGUCGAGGAGUUUCUGGACACGAAUAUUUUCGGAGCAACAAUAGAAAGUGAUUCGGGAGGCUUGUACAACCGAAAGCGGCCGGAGCCAUGGUCUCCCGAACAUCAGUCAUGGGUCUAUGUGCAGGAAGAGAGUGAAAUCGGCAGCUGA